AUGGGGACAGGGCUACGCAGCCAGUCCUUGCGAGGACCACGGCCCUCCUACAGCAAGUUCCAGGAGCCCUGGGGGAGGCCCCUGGCAGGCCGACUGCGCCGGGCGCUGAGCCUCAGACAGGGGCGUGAGAAGUCCAGGUCCUCAGAUGGAGGCCCAGAAAGGCUGGACGCCCCUGGGCAGGAGCAACUGCCAGGGAGCCUGGGGGACACAGAGCAGCUGAUCCAAGGCCAGCAAGAAGGCAGCCAGCAGUGGCUGAGGCAACAGAAGAUAAGAAGGUGGGAGAGCUUUGUCACCAGCUUCCCCAGCGUGACCCUGAGCCAGUCGGCCUCCCCACAGCCCUCGCUGGGCACCACCAGCUAA